CACAACGAUGCUCCAGAGCCGCGAGCUGGGAACGGCGGUUCCCGAGAUGCGCGCGAGUCCUCUUUGAUUUUCCGCUCCGUUAAACGUUACAUUCCUGGAAGAGUGAAACGUGAAGAAGAUGUGGAGAAAAUAACUUCUGAAACUAAACAUUUGGAAUAACACAACAACUAAUGUGGAAAGGACUUUCCCUUCAUACAUUAAAGAAGAGCGGAGGACGUUUUAUUUUGGAAGAAUGUAAGAAACAUAUCUUGUCGGUGAACAUUCGGGAUUUUCUGAACCUAUUUUACGCACCGGGAGCAUCAGUCGGAACUAACGGACAUCCAGAACUCCUCCUGACCCACCCCUCCUCUUUACCCCAGUCUUAAUUCCUAUAUUUGUCUCAGAAGAAAAAUAAAGUACAGUCACCGUAAAGCUUUCUGUGGACUUAUCCUUGGACUUAUCCCCGGGCUUUUGGAAUUGGUGAAAUCCCUGUGAACGCACGGAGCUCUGACAGAAUGCUUCAAAAGGACCGGUGACUUACUCAAGGUUCUUGUAAAUCUCGGGUUGACUGAUGCAGCCAUGGGCCGAUCACUGGACCUCUGAGAGCACCUACCCCCCCCCCCUCACUCUGUCCCUCUCCACCCUCUAUUCUUCCUCUGCCCUGCAGAGCUGGCAAUAGAGUCCUCCAGAGUCAGAAACCAGCCACCAGCCUGUGAUACCUUCUCCCCUCCUUCAUCUGUGCACCAUGAGAAGUGUUGUUUCUCAGAUUAGCGGCCCCUCCAGACGGCCCCUCCUGGCCCUGCUCCUGUAUCUGGCCCCUCUGCUGCUGAUGGAGGGUUGCUGCUACGCGGCCCCCUCAGGCCCGGAGUCUGACUCUUGCUCCACCCUAGUCCAGAGCCGCUUUUUCGGCUUCUUCCUGUCAUCGUCAGCGUUUCCCAGCAUGCCCUGCUCCUGGACUCUGCAGAACCCCGACCCGCGGCGCUACACCAUCUUCCUCAAGGUCACCAAACCUACGGAGCACUGUGUGCCGUCACAGCUACGCACAUUCCAGUACGAGUCCUUCCUGGAAACAACGCGCACCUACCUGGGCAUGGAGAGCUUUGACGAGGUGGUGAAGCUGUGCGACGCCUCGGCCUCCGUGGCCUUCCUGGAGGCGGGAAAGCAGUUCCUCCAGAUGAGGAAGGGUCUUCCUCGGGCGGGAAAGACCAUGAAGGAUGGUGAUGGGGAUUUCAAAACUGAGUACCUGGUGGUCGGGAAGCGAAACCCCAGCAUGGCAGCCUGUCAGAUGCUGUGCCAGUGGCUGGAGGACUGCCUGGCCUCCAGCACCUCCAGCAGGCCCUGUGGCAUCAUGCAGACCCCCUGUACCUGCUGGGAGCCCCCACCGCUGCUCAGUAAGGGGGAUAGCUGCUAUCACAAUGGAGUUUACCUGGAAAACUGUUUACCCAGCAUGAAAGAGAGUGGAAAAAAUGCUGAGAUAAAUGGCGGGUGGAGUGUGUGGGGGCAGUGGAGACGGUGCAGCAGCGAGUGCGGAGGCGGGAUUCAAACCCGGGCUCGGACCUGUCAGUCACCGGCAGAGGAGUCGUACCUGUGUGAGGGGGUGCUGGAGGAGGGCCGUCCCUGCAACGCUCAGCCCUGCAGCGGCAAAAGCCUCCAUCUCUCUCGCAGCCAAUCGCUUCGCUCGGUGGACAGCCGCAAGCGUGAUGACGUAGACAAGCCCCGCGGCGGACAGCAGAGCCCUCAGACAGUAGACUCAGCUUCAGGUGAGGAGUGGUCAGCGUGGAGUGUGUGUUCUGCCACUUGUGGGGAGGGCUGGCAGAGUCGCACUCGUCUCUGUGUGUACGGCUCCUACAGCACCCAGUGCAGUGGGAAACUGCGUGAGCAGAGAGCCUGCAACAACUCUGCUGUUUGUCCAGCUGCUCUGAUUGCAGUGCACGGCUCUUGGGACGAGUGGUCGCCGUGGAGUUUGUGUUCAUCGACCUGUGGCCGAGGUUACAGGUCGCGAACACGAACCUGCGCCCCCCCACAGUUUGGGGGCGAUGCCUGUGAUGGCCCAGAGAAACAGACCAAGUUCUGCAACAUAGCCGUCUGUCCAGUGGAUGGAGUGUGGAACGAGUGGUCCAACUGGAGCUCGUGCUCCGCCUCCUGCUCCAACGGGACCACUCAGAGGACCCGGGAGUGUAACGGCCCCUCGUACGGGGGCUCCGAGUGCAGAGGGGAGUGGCUGGAGACUGUUGACUGCUUCCUUGGGGAGUGCCCGGUGGAUGGCAAGUGGCAGCCGUGGUCUUUGUGGUCGGGCUGCUCUAAAACCUGUGGUGGGGGGAGCCAGCAGAGAAACAGGAUUUGUUAUGGGCCCUUUUUUGAAGGGCAAUCUUGUCCCGGAGAACGGGAAGAGGUCCGGCACUGUAAUGAGAAGAGAUGCCCAGAACCUCAUGAAAUAUGUGGCGAGGACAACUUCUCCAACGUUGUAUGGAAGAUGACUGCAGCUGGGGAUACAACAGCAGUACGCUGCCCCCCCAAUGCCAUGGGGCUGAUCCUGCGCCGCUGCUCCCUGGACGAAGAGGGCGUCGCCUACUGGGAGAAUCCCACCUACAUGAAAUGUAUAUCCAAUGACUAUCGCAGCAUACAAACUUUGACCCGGGAACAUUUGUCAAAAGCACAGCGUGGCCUUGUGGGAGAUGGAGUCUCCGAGGUGAUGACCAAGCUGAGGGUGACCUCCAGUGAUGGGACCAGCUACAGCGGAGACCUGCUGGCCAUCGUGGACGUGCUGAAGAACAUGACGGAGAUCUUCAGGAGGGCGUACUACAGCCCCAGCAGCACAGACAUGAGGAACUUUGUGCAGUCAGUCAGCAAUCUGUUGAUGGAAGAGAACCGGGAUAGAUGGGAAGAAGCACAACUGCUGGGACCCAACAUCAAAGAGCUGUUCCGUCUGGUGGAGGACUUUGUGGACGUCAUCGGCCUGAGGAUGAAAGACUUCCAAGACAUGUAUGAAGUCACCGAUAACCUAGUUUUGAGCGUCCACAAGCGCCCGGUGGUGGGUCAGGCCGACAUCAGCUUCCCGAUGAAGGGCUGGAGGGGCAUGGUGGACUGGGCCCGCAGCUCUGAGGACAGAGUGAUCAUCCCCAAGAACAUCCUGUCUACCGGCAAGCCAGAAUCAGACGAGUCCUCCACGUUUGUAACCGGGAUCGUUCUGUACAGAAACCUGGGCAGCAUCCUGACUCUUCAGAGAAACAGCACAGUCCUCAACUCCAAAGUGUUAUCAGUGACCAUCAAGCCCACCCCCGCCUCCCUCUCCGCCCCGGUGGUGGUUGAAUUCUCUCACAUGUACAACGGCACCACCAACCAGACGUGUAUAUCCUGGGAUGAGAGUGACAGCUCCUCUCUGCUGGGAUCCUGGUCUGCCAGGGGCUGCAAAGCCGUGCUAGUCGACUCCUUCAGAACCAAAUGCGUGUGUGACAGACUGUCCACCUUCGCCAUUUUAGCACGGCUAAACACCGAAAUGAACAUGGAUAAGACUCAGCUGCCCUCGGUGACGCUGAUCGUCGGCUGUGGAGUUUCUUCUCUGACUCUGUUGCUGCUCAUCAUCAUCUAUGUGUCUGUGUGGAGGUACAUCCGCUCUGAGCGCUCAGUCAUCCUCAUCAACUUCUGUCUCUCCAUCAUCUCCUCCAAUGCUCUUAUUCUCAUCGGACAGACACAGACUCGGAAUAAGGUCUUGUGCACCCUGAUCGCUGCGUUCCUUCACUUCUUCUUCCUGUCGUCGUUCUGCUGGGUUCUGACCGAGGCGUGGCAGUCCUACAUGGCGGUGACGGGCCGCCUCAGGAACCGCAUCAUACGCAAGCGCUUCCUGUGUCUCGGCUGGGGUCUCCCUGCACUAGUCGUGGCGAUCUCAGUGGGGUUCACCAAGGCAAAGGGAUAUGGAACACCGAGCUACUGCUGGCUGUCUCUGGAAGGAGGUCUUCUCUAUGCGUUUGUUGGACCUGCUGCAGCUGUCGUCUUGGUUAACAUGGUUAUUGGAAUUCUCGUAUUUAACAAACUGGUGUCCAAAGACGGCAUUACUGAUAUGAAACUAAAGGAGAGGGCGGGUCAGAUGACAGUGCCACUGUACAAUAUGACGCUCAAAUGUGCCAAGUGCGGGGUUAUCUCUUCGGCUGACGUUUCCACCACAGCUACCAGUAACGCCAUGGCGUCCCUGUGGAGCUCCUGUGUGGUCCUGCCCCUCCUGGCCCUCACCUGGAUGUCAGCCGUCCUGGCCAUCACCGACCGGCGCUCCGCACUCUUCCAGAUCCUCUUCGCUGUCUUUGAUUCGCUGGAAGGCUUCGUCAUAGUGAUGGUGCACUGCAUCCUGCGCAGAGAGGUUCAGGAGGCAGUGAAGUGCCGGGUGGUGGACCGCCAGGAGGAGGCUAACGGAGACUCAGGAGGAUCCUUCCAGAACGGCCAUGCUCAGCUCAUGACUGACUUUGAGAAAGAUGUGGAUAUAGCUUGCAGAUCAGGCACCACGAAGCGCUCAUCUCUCCAGGGGGAGGAGAAGGCCUCCUCUGGGACCCUCACCCAUCAGAAGGGGUCUAACUUUAACACCCUGCCUGCCAGCAUGGCCAAAGUGCACCUCCAGAAUGUGGCCGACUACACCAGCCACACUCUGACGCUGCGCAGGGACAAGGGGCCCGCCAAGGGGAUCAGCACCGAGCUGCCGGGAGCCAAGUCCAUCUACAUCUGUGACGGAGAGCUCUUCAAGCAGCUGGACGGAGAGAUGCCGCGAGGGACCGGGGAGGGCAGCAGCUCCGAGGGUCCGGGCAAAGCCCCCGGGUACGUGCUUCUGCCGGGAAACAACACCGGCACCCUGAAGCUGGCCAAGGGGAAAGAGGAGGCCAAGUAUAACCUCGGCAUGGAGCAGCUGCCUCAGACCCGGCUCAUCCACCUGGCUAACCCCGUCAACGGGGAGCCCGUGCCUGGCUUCGGGCUGAAGAGCCUGCCUGCCGACCAGAUCAGUGUGUCGUGUUCUGACAGAGACUCACCUGCACACAACCUGCAGAAUAUGCCCAGAGACUCGCAGGGAGCCAACAGCCUGUGUGAGGGGGGGGAGUCUGGACACUGCGCUGUGAUGUCCAAGAGCGAAACCGUGUCCACACUGUCCAUGAGCUCACUGGAGAGACGAAAAUCACGCUAUGCAGAGCUUGACUUUGAGAAGAUUAUGCACACCCGGAAACGCCACCAGGACAUGUUUCAGGACCUGAACAGGAAGAUUCACAGUGCAGACAAGGAUAGAGAGUCUCCACCUGUUGAUGCCAAAGCUGCCAAAAGAUGGAGUGUGUCCUCUGCCAGCAGCGACAAGACCAACAUGAGUGACAAGCAGCAGACCCCCAGUAAAAGGGCGUGGGAGGGCAUCAGGAAGACCCACUCUCCCCCCUCCUGGGUGAGGAAGGACCUGGAGACGGUGGCCGCCUCCCCCCUGGAGUUGCAUGCUGUGGAGUGGGAGAAGUCCAGCGCCACCAUCCCCCUGGUGGGCCAGGAGAUCAUGGACCUUCAGACGGAGGUGUGACCACCGCGACCUCACACCCACCACUUCCUGUUUUCCCAAUGCGCUCAGACAAAACAAGCCGACACACCACACACACACUGCCCUGCUCAGUAUUUCUAAUCAAAGGCUGCUCGAGCCAACUGCGAGGAUGUAAGGGGGAGGAGUGCGGGGAGGAGAGCGGGGAGGAGAGAGAAGCAUCGCGAUAUCAGAAAAUAAAUUCAACCCACUAAAGAGAGGACAGGAAAAUGACCUCUCUUUCUGUGUUGUCUCAUUUGAUGUUUGUUUUUGUCAGCUCAUCUUGUAAAUGGUCUCAGAAACCACAGACAUGCAGACAGAUUACCCAGGUAGCAGAUUCAGUUACUAUAUGAGCACCAUAUGUUAUAAACCACAUAGCAAAGGCAACGUUUACCCCUGUAUCAAAUGAAUUUUAUAAUCAUGGCUGUCUUUUUUUCCGUUUGAGAGUGUCCUUGCAUCACUGUCCUGCUCUCUCUCUCAUGAUGAACGCUGUCAGGCUCCAGAUGCCUCCGGACUGAUUCUUUCUAUCUCAAAAGGAACAAACAAGGCAGACUGCCAGAUAUUCAGCCAUGUGGCCCUCAAUGCAGUCCCCCCGCCCCACACACACACAACUCUCCCCAAUCCGUAUGGCUCCAACACUUUCCCCUCCUGAUGGGACCAGUUCUGCGUUGCAGGGACAAGCGAAAGGAAAAGGAGGUAAAAAAAUAAAUAAAAAUGGAAGACGUUUCCCUGAGCAAAAUGGAACGUUGCCUUCUCAUCGAUGGACGCCAUCAGUGUGCCCAAUAGGAGCCGCUCACUACAGACACAAGCUGUUUGACUCUCUCGCUCUCCGUGUACAAGCAGGCUUGGUACAGUCCAUGCAACAUAUGACGGGGUUUCAAAGAUGCGAAGGUACUCGUGUGUGUGUCUGUGUGUCAAGUAGUGGAAGAUGAGUAAAUGACUAAAUCUAUAAAUAUAUAUGGUAUGAUUAAAGGAGAUGAUGUAUAUGAGGCAGAGGUCAUCAGAGGUUGCCCACAGAAAGCACAAGGCUCACUUGGAGUCCUGAUGUACAGCAUUGUAAUUAUUACAACAGAGUUCUACAGAAUGGAUUUUAGCCUAUAAAUAUCUUUCUUACUGUGCUUGGGGAUAGUUGUUAUCAUUAUUAUAAAUAUGAACAUGAUUAUUCUGAUACUGAUCCUCCCAUCCCCUUCUCGUCCUGUCAGGGUACUGGACUAUACGAGUGUUCUGUAUCGCAAUGUAACAGUGUGUGUUUUGAUAUUACCGCCAGUCACUCCCUCAGAUCUGUAUUUGUCGAAACCCUGACCUCCGACCUCUGACCCAAUGAUCUGCGCCCCAACCUGCCCCCCCCCCUCCCCCCCUCACUGCCCUUCUUAAUUUACUGGGGUCGCCUCUUUGUUAAUGUACAGUUUUCAGAGCACAAAAUGAAUGUGUCUUAUUUCUAAUAAAAGCAUAUCUAUAUAAUAAAACA